AUUAUCUCCCACCGCCCUUCCUUGGAGACCUUCACCAGCCUUCGCCCGCCGCUACCCCCUCGUCCACCUGGCUUCCAGGGCCCAUCUCUGUCCGUAGGACUCCACUCCCCGUCUUCAGGCAACUCGCUCUCGGUCUAACGCGCAAUGCGUUUCGGUGAUUUUUCGACCCUCUGUCGUAACACAGGGUCAUACCCAUGGUGUAACUUGUUCUACCGCCAGAUCCUACAUGAGGACCCGACCGUGCUCACCAACGCUUCACUCCCUGUGUCGUCCGCAGGUCUGGGUGUGAAUCCGACAUGCGCGAUACCGCGUAUGGGCCACGCAGGAUCUCUGGGCAAUAUCGCAAAUAUUGUCGUGUGUGCCCUCAGCAUGAUUCUCACCGCCGUUCUCAUCUGGGAAACCAGCCGGAGGAAAGCCGCCGUCGGUCGCCUCGAGCUGCGGGCUUUACUUUCGCUUUACUUCAUAUCUUUGCCCUUCCAGCUCGUUACCACGGGUUCUUUUCUUGAGCAGGGCUCCACAGCUUUGAUUGUUCUUACGGCCAUACACGCUGGAGUCGUUGCCACUGUUUUCUGGAUGCUGCUGGCCAAUGGUCUAGUAGCGACGCAGGUCGUCGAGGACGGGACGCCCAGUAGUCUUAUCCCCUUCUACUUCAUAUCUUUCCUCUUCUUCGCUGCGACGACAUACAUAUCCUUCGAUGUUGCGUUGCACAUCACUUCCGCAUUCGGGCCCUCGAAUCCUCUGUCCUCACUCCACAGCAUCCCCUUGUUCGUCCUAACAAGCAUAUGGCCUGCUGCCGCCGUGAUUAUCUACUUCAUUAUCAUGACGUACAUCGUCCUGGCGGUGCUAAAUGAGUUGCGGCCCAUGUGGUUCUACGUGUUGUCCGCGGUGCUCUUCGUAUUGAGCCAGCUUGCGUUCUUUCUCCUGAGUAAGGUGAUAUGCAAGGGCUCCUCGGCCAAAGUCGAUGGCUCUUUUGUUGCCACGAUCCUUGAAACUGCUGCUGUCAGCGUCUUGUACUUGGCGUGGAAGAGUAUCACUGAGGAAUCUUGGGACGAGUCGCCCUUCUAGACCCGAUCUGUGUUGUCGCAUAUAUACCACUGCUGAACAAAACAUCCUUGUUUGCUUUGCACACAUCUCUAAUCCGCGUUCAAGUCACCCUUUUGUAUUUUUGGAUUUCUGUGUACCGAUCGUUUUUGGGUGUGUUUCAAUGAUGACUUUUACGACCCAUACCUUAUGAUCUAUUUCCUCUUUGUUGGACUUGCUUCGAAUAAUGUAGCAACUUGGUAUCUUGACUGUUCCAAUCUGCUCUAGGGUCCGUCCAGGUCACGUUUUCCUAUUAAUCACGACAUCGUGACUCUUCUCCAGCCCCUUGGCUCGUCCCUUCGACUUCGGGUUCGACUUCGACUUCACAUCCAUUGGACUGCGCGUCGGCUUGUAAAUGCUGCGAAUCUCCUGGUAUAGCCAACUGCGGAAACCUUCACCUGAUGCCGCCAGUGCAUGAUCAAUCAUUCCUAGUAACCGCUCAUCUACUCCGAUCCAUUUGUUCACCGGACUAUUCGCUAGGCCCGGCGUUCGUUGAACCUUAUCCAACCGGCCUGGCCCUCCUAACCGGAAGAGAAGCGCAAUGUGACAAGCUAUCAUUGUUUUAUCAAUUGUCCUUCCCGCAACAUAUGACUUUCGCAGUCUCAGGCUGUCCACUUGUACCCAGCAGACCUGCCCACUACGCUCAUGUCUCGAUUUGCUCACAAAUCCGUGGUCGUCACCGGGGGAGCCCAGGGACUGGGAAGAGCUAUCGCCAAGGCGUUCGUCGACGAGGGUGCCACAGUGGUCAUCUGCGAUUUCAAUGCGUCUCUGCUGCAUGACACAGUCGCCGCGCUGGGCCCCAGCGCCCAUUCCAUUGUUGCGGACAUCAGAAAUACACAGCAAGUGAAGGCCGUCGUCGAUCUCGCUGUCUCCAAGACAGGACGGCUGGAUGUCUGGAUCAACAACGCGGGGGUCAUGGAUCGCCUCGAGCCUGUGGGAACGGUCGCACGCGAGACAUGGGACCGCGUCAUUGGCAUCAAUCUCACGGGCACGUUCAUCUGCCUGGACGAGGCGGUCAAAGCUAUGCUGGCGCAGUCCCCCGCCGGCGGUGCCAUUCUCAAUGUGGCGUCGGUGGCGUCAGCUCGGGGCGGGUCAGCCGGCGCAGCUUACACGGCGAGCAAACACGGAGUAAUCGGGUUGACGAAAAACACAGCCGCGUUUCUAGGCAAGAAAGGCAUCCGCUGCAACGCUAUUUUGCCUGGGGGCAUGGCCACGAACAUCGCCGACCCAAGUGCCUUGGAUACGGAGUUCAUGGCCGUCCUGCAAUCUACGAUGGCAAUGGAACCCCCACUGAACAAACUUGAAGAUGUCGCCAAAGUCGCUCUCUCGCUGAGCGAGGAUGGCCCGCUGAACGGCGCUUGCGUUCCGGUGGACGGAGGAUGGUCUGCCUACUAGCCAUUUUGCUGUCUUGUCAUAUCCAUCGAAGUAGUAGAUGCAGUAGGUAGAUAAGUUGAUUCAAAGGCACAGUCCCAAUGAGAAACAGCUUGGAUCCAUACUCCAUUAUAUGCGUCAGGUGUAUGCUUCCUCAUUAGACCUCCAUGCUUCAGAACACUUCAAAUGACAUUAACUCGAGGAAAAUAGAUCCCAAUUUC